UCCUCAGUCCAACGCUGUCCUCACAGUCUUCUCUCUCGGUGCUGGCAUCUUUAGUGUGAACACCCGGCUGUCCACAGUCUCUGGUCAUCUGUAGUAUGUCCGCAGUCUCUAGUCAUCUGUAGCAUGUCUGCAGUCUCUGGUCAUCUCCUGUAGUAUGUCUGCAGUCUCUGGUCAUCUGUAGCAUGUUCGCAGUCUCUGGUCAUCUCCUGUACUUUGUCCGCAGUCUCUGGUCAUCUCCUGUACUGUGUCUGCAGUCUCUGGUCAUCUCCUGUACUGUGUCCGCAGUCUCUGGUCAUCUCCUGUACUGUGUCCGCAGUCUCCCGUCAUCCCCUGUACUUUGUCCGCAGUCUCUGGUCAUCUCCUGUACUAUGUCUGCAGUCUCUGGUCAUCUCCUGUACUGUGUCUGCAGUCUCUGGUCAUUUCUUAUACUAUGUCUGCAGUCCAUUGGUUCAGAAUAUUUUUUUUCUUGUUUUCUCCUCUAAAACCUAGGUGCAUCUUAUGGUCA